AUGGAUAAAAAGAAAGCUAAAGAGGAAUUUUURGUCUCYUYUUCAGAUUAUUCACAAUCACAUGGAGAAUCAGGAAAACCUGAUAUCGAAGAAAACAGCAGAACAAAAGGUAGUUAUAACACAUUCUCAUGGGGAAAAAGGACUAAUAAAGAAGACUUGGGUAAAACUAAAGGAACAUCGCGAAGCACUUCGUGGGAAAAGAUACCACAACGCGGCCGCGCUGACAGUGUUUCUAUCGUUCCUGAUAUSUGUAUGAACCAGCAUGACGUUUCACUAACUGAUGUGGCUACAGCGUCGUACAGAAUACGAGAUGAAAUCCACCUUACGCCUUGUGAGAAAGCUAAGCGUAUCCCAGAGAUUCAAGAUUACGAUGUAUAUUUUAAAAGGGAAUAUUUGCAAGUUUCUGGAAGCUACAAGACCCGUGGUGCUGUGAACGCUUUAAUGACGCUUUCAGAGAAGUACCGCAGUAGUGGUGUACUUGGUACAUCGGCCAGCAGCCACGCAUUGUCCCUCGCACARCAUGGCAAGAAGUUCGGAAUUCCUGUGACGAUCAUUACACCAGAGAACGUUCAUCCAAGAAAAUUGAAGCUUUAUGACAGACAUGGAGCCAAGACACACUUYGCUGGUCGCGAUGACAACGAGGUUUUAGAAAAUGCACACACCAUGUCAAAAKCUGAAGGGCUAAAAUUCAUUGAUGAAAAUGAGAAUCCUUAUGUUAUCAGUGGAAUUGGGACGAUUUUCAUUGAGUUAGUCGAGCAGCUAGAUGAUAUCGACGCCAUUAUUCUGCCUGUUGGUGGCGGCUCUUUGCUAGCGKCUGCUUGCGUUGUUGUCAAGUCACUAUAUCCACAGAUUAAAAUAAUUGGUGUUGAAAGUGAACAUUGUCCAAGUUUCAAUGCUGCKCUCAAAGCUGGUCAUCCGGUUACAAUCAAGACACAUAAAGGCGCUACUUUCGUUGAUGGACUWAGCAGUCAGAGAAUUGGCCAACUUCCAUUUGAUCUUGCAAAGAAUCGCGUAGAUAAAGUAGUGUCAGUCAGAGAGGAUCAGAUUGGUCUGGCAGUACUCAGAUUACUGGAGAAGGAAAAGGCCAUCGUAGAGGGUUCUGGGGCUGCAGGCCUGGCCGCUCUUAUUGGUGGAUAUCUACCUGAGCUAAAAGGAAAACGUGUUGUUGUUCCUCUUUGUGGUGGCAACAUCGAUCCCACCGUACUUGGACGAGCAAUUGAACGAGGACUGACAGCCGAUGGCCGAAUGGUGCGCUUUUUAGUCAAGAUCGGUGAUAGACCAGGAUCCUUAGCGCGCCUUACAUCAUUAAUAGCUUCGACCGGUGUAAGUGUGAAGGACCUAAACCAAGAGAGAACGUGGUUGAACAGUUCUAUUUUUAGCAUCCAGGUAAAAUGUGUCGCUGAGAUGCGCAAUGCAGCUCAUGGUGAACAGCUGAAAAAAGUACUCCAAGAAAACUACAAAGAAGACUUUAUUUGGAAUCAAACWGCAGAAGAAUGAUCCGACAUUGUAAGCAUUAUUAAAUAAUGUAAUAAAA